AGCCUGAAGGCGAGGACGGAGACGCAGACGUGCAUCCAUGCAUCUCUAAUCCCCUUACAAAUGCCCGACCGUCCUCUUGUACUACUUCUAUUCUUCUGACGACUCAGUUCCGGUUCACUGCCUCAUCUUCCACCUUGCACGUCCCUUUCACCGGAGUCUGCAGCCCUGGCCGACAAAGUCUGACAGCCCAACCUGUUUGCCCAAUCAGCGUCGGUGCUCUCUGUCUGCUUGCCACUGAUUGGUCAGAUUUGCCACGCGACGUCACCGUGAAUCGCCUACGCACAUUUCAUACCGGGGUGGCCUGAAGAGCGACCGGGCUGAGCAAUGACGGCGUACCAGAAAUUGGCCCUCAAGGCCAUCGCCCUCGGUGCUGACAAAAUCCCCGACAAACUCUUCGACUCGAUACCUGGCGGAUACUACAAGGAGAAAGAGAGACGAGAACGCGAAGAUCGAAGAAGAGCCGCGAGCAACAAGCCUUCGAGAAGCGACGAGCGAGGAAGACGAGCCAGUACCGGCCGACGAUACUCGGAGGAGAGCGAGAACUAUACAAGUGACGAUUUUUAUACCUCCGCCGACGAAAAAGCACGUCGAGCUCGCCGACGGAGAAGGAGAAGAGACUCGAGAAAGCGGAAGGGAGAAGAACAGAGCAUGGAGGACCCGUACCGCUCCUCGCGUCGCGAUCGCGAUCGCGACGGCCAACCACCAGAUCACAGACCUGCCGCUGCUGGUGCCGCGACAGGCGAACAGUUCUACAAUCGGGGACCCUCCGGACCCUCCUAUCCAACAGGAUACAGCCCUCCGCGGUCUCCUCAAUAUCGUGCGAACAACUACGCUCCUCCAGACGGACAAGGGUUUGAUGCGCAAGCAAGAGGUUAUUCCGGUCCAUAUCAAGGGUCAUAUCCACCUCACCCUGCGAAUGGUGCGCCGUUUGACCCAAGUCAAGGUCCCCCGAAUCAAGACCAAUACUAUAUACCACCUUAUAACCCAGCCGACUACGCUCCUCCGCAACCAGGUAACAUGUAUCCAUCACCACCACAAGCCAUGGCCGCAGCAGCAGCAGGAGGGGCAGCCGCUGCGCCACUCUACCGGCAAGGCUCGUAUUCGCAGCCGUCUUCACCGGAACGCCGCUCUCGACGACAUCGCUCCCGCGACCGGUCUGAAGGCGACCGCUCACAGUCCCGCUCGCGCCGUGCCAAGUCUUCAAACCGUGACAGAGUGCGCAACAAGUCACGCGGCGUCAAGGACCGCAUUAAGAACAUGGACGACCGCGAGCGCAAGAUCGCGGCCAGUCUUGCCGGUGCCAUCGGUGGAGGCUUUGUCGGGCAUGAGGUCGGUCACGGCGCAUUUCCAACCCUUCUCGGGGCUGUCUUGGGCGGUGCGGGCCUGCGUGCGCUGGAGAAGAAGACUGAUAAGAAGAGAUCGUAAUGCAAGGCGCAGAGACGCAGACUCCGAAUAUGGGUCCGACUCGGACUACGACGCCAAAUCCGAUCGC